AUGGAUCUCCCCCCUGGCCACCGUCCGCGGAUCUCCCUGUACAACCUAGCUUUGAAGCAGUCGCGGCGCGAGUUUGCCGCCUGUGUGGAGGUUGUGGCCGCCGUCGCAUGCUACCAUCGAGGUCAGCGUGGCGGAGACGACCAGCGCAACGACACCGAUCAACGACAUGCCGCGCUCGUGUUCGUGCGCAACGAGGAGACGCGUGCACCGAUCAUCGACCUGGCGCGGGUCCAGUGCGUCGAGUCUAGGCUCAAGUACAUCCACCAUGGCGGCGCGCUCGGCUCGAGGAUGGUUCGGGCAGACACCGCGGCCAUGUCUCUCCCCUGCGGUGGCGCGACGGUGACGCGGUUCGCUGGACUGGCGGGGGCCUCUCUACCAACAGAGCGUCGCGCGGCGGCGAUGGUCGCGAUGGCGAAGAGGGAGCAGGAGCUGGAGGAGAUCCGGGCCAUGACGACGGAACAGAUGGAAGAGGAGGUGGUAGACCUCAGGGGGGAGCUUUUCCUGCUCCGCCUUAAGCGCUCGGCGCGCCAGGAGUUCAAGAACAGCGAGUUCAGUCGCAUGCGCAAGAGGAUUGCUCCUAUGCUGACCGUGAAAAGAGAGCGGGAAAUUGAACAAGGAAUCAAUAAAAGAUUGUCUAGGAAGCUUGAUAGGAAAUGGAAGCAGAGCAUUGUGGUCAGACCACCACCAUCUCUGAGGGGGAACAAAGAGGAGUAGAAAGCCGCAAAAAGAGGGCAAUGUGCAAAAGUCGUUUCAUGCGAGUGUUGCAGGAAGGUCCCUUCAUGAUUUCAACCCUUAUUGUGUUGUUAUGUAUUCCAUGUUUACAUUUUGCUAAGCAUUGCUAACUGAAUCUGAAUUUCAGUUGUUAGUCUCUUCUGUAAAUUUUGACUUAUUUAAAUUUACACUUCUAUCUGUGUUAUCAGUAAUUGAGGAUGGC